CGCGCCUGCUCUUCUCUACGCGCGCUAGUCUCAGCCGGGGAGCGAUGGUGCUCGGAGCGUCUGGACUCGACGUCGUCUCGGGAUUAUUAUCGGAGGAGCGGAUGAAAUGCCGCAGAACAUGAGCAAAGAGGAUGCCCCGAGCCGGAACGCUUCUUUGACAUUCACCAUCGAUAAUAUCCUGAACCUAAAGCAGCGGGACGGAGGUGGAGGUGGAGGCGGAGGAGGCUCGGAGCGCAGGGACGGGGGAUGUAAGAGUGAGUUUCAGGCGCGGGGUGAGGAGGUGUGGGACGUCCGGAGGAGGCAAGACAGCGGGUCAGACGAGACAGCGCAAAAGAAGCCCCGACUCGGGGGAAAAACUCCACCGCUGACUGAUGGCGUCAGUCCCGGGACGCAGAGGGCUCACACCGCCGAGCACGCGCCCGAGCAGCAGCAGCAUCAGGAGCAGGAGCAGGAUCAGCAGCAUCAGGCCAGCCCGGACACUAAAGCCAUGGUAAAGAAGAAAACGCGCACUAUCUUCUCCAAGCGGCAGAUCUUCCAGCUGGAGGCCACGUUCGACAUGAAGCGCUACCUGAGCAGCUCAGAGAGAGCGUGCCUCGCGAGCUCCCUGCAGCUCACCGAGACCCAGGUCAAGAUCUGGUUCCAGAACCGCAGGAACAAGCUGAAGAGGCAGCUGUCCACGGACAUGGAGGCCCCGCUGGCCGCAGAGCAGCUUUCGGAGGCGGCGAAAAACGUGCAAUUACCGACUUUUUACAAAGACAGCAGCGGCAGCGGUGGCGUGCUGGGCGGAUGUUUGUUACCCAUGCCUUUCCCCGUGAUGUACCCGGCUGCCAACAGCGCGCCGUACAUCUACUUCUCCAACACUGGCAAAUACUUCGGCCUGUUUGACGCAGACUGACGGUUUGCCCUGUUAGGAGCACGAGGACACAGUGUGGACAUACUUAGAUAGGACUGACACUUUGUUUUUAUUUUUAUUAUUUUUGGAUUUCAUAAAAAAUCUCCCAACUUUGAUGUCAACAUAUCAACGACAUGCAUGUGCCACUUUUGUCCCUCUGCAAUUCAUUAUUAUUAUAUUAUAAUUUUAUUAUAAUAAUAAUUAUUAUUAUUAUUAACUCAAAGGUUAUCGUCAGAUAAAUUUGCAUGCAUUCAACUUCCUCUGAGCAGUUUUAUUUUUGAAGUCAUCUAAAUGAAUGUACGGUAAUAAUGAAGCUCAGAGCUGCAUCUUUUCCUCCCCCCACAACUUUUACACGUCUUUCUUUAUAGAGCAAUAAUUCAUGUGUAUUUAUAUGGCCUUAUUUUCAGUCUAUAUAUAUUUGUCGUUCUUCUUGUUUUUAUUAUUAAUGAAACACGCUUAUCAGUUGUUUCCACUCGACUUUUCUUUAACAGACUGUCAAACUGUGAAUGCAGUUCGUAUAU